AUGGAAACCCAAACUCAACCACACACCACAGCGCAGCCCACCCCCGUCAGGCACAGCUUGGCGCGGGCGGUGGCGCGGGCGGUUAAGCGGCAGGUACAAACACAGGGAGCAGGAACAAAUGAUGAGGAAAUUUAUCUUUUGGCUUUAAUUGCAAAAGAAGAUGCUAAAGAUGAUAAGAAAUGCAAAGAAAAAUUAGACAAAUACUGCGAAGCACUAAAUAAUGCAACAAUAAAAGCGGAAGACGUAUAUGAAAAACUUAAAACUUUUUGUAAAAAUGGAAAAGCAGGAGAAAAAUGCAAAAAUUUGGAAGGCAAAGUCAAUCAAAAAUGCACUGAAUUUCAAGGAAAACUUCAAACAGCUGUUAAGAAAAACAUUAAAAAUUUGGAAGAUACAGAUUGUGCAAAUGAACAACAAUGCCUAUUUUUGGAGGGAGCAUGUCCAACAAAACUUAAAAAUAACUGCAAUACUUUAAGAAAUAAGUGCUAUCAAAAGAAGCGUGAUAAAGUGGCGGAAGAAGCUCUUUUAAGAGCAGUUCGUGGAGGUCUAACCAAUGAAACUACAUGUGAAGGAAAGCUCAAAGAGGUUUGCAUAAAGUUGAGUCAAGAAAGUGAUGAGUUAACGAAGCUUUGUCUUUACCAAAAAAUGACGUGCAAAACAUUUGUAUCAGAAAAACAAAAAAAAUGUAAUAGCCUUGAACAGGAAGUUAAAGAAGCACUUAAAAAAAACAGUGAAUUACGAGGAAAAUGUCUACCAUUACUUGAGAAAUGUUACUUUCACAGAGGAAACUGCAAAAAAGAUGCAUCACAAUGCAAACUUCCAAAUGGAAACUGUGAGGAAUAUCUACCAAAGUGUGAUGAAUUGGCAGAAGAAUGUGGAAAAAAAGGCGUCAUUUAUAUACAUCCAGGACCCGAUUUCGAUCCAACUAAGCCAGAGCCUACAGUAGCAGAGGACAUAGGACUGGAAGAGCUUUAUAAAGAGGCUGAGAAGGAUGGAAUUUUUAUUGGAAAGAAUCAUCUAAGAGAUGCAACGACUUUGUUGGCGUUGUUGAUCCAAGAUUCUAAUCUUAAAAAAAAAGAGGACAAAGAGAAAUGCGAAGAAGCUCUUGCAGACAAAUGCAAAAACUCUCAUGAACAUGAGGCCUUGGAAAAACUAUGUGAGGGAAAUAAUAUAAGUAAUGAUGGAACAGAAAAAUGCAAAGAUUUAGAGAAUGAUAUUAAAAAAACGUGCACAAACCUCAAACCAACGAUUCUUAGAAAUCAUCUUUAUGAUCCAAAUGGCGAAAUUAUUGAAUGGUGGAAAUUGCCGACAUUUCUUAGUAAUGAAGAGUGUGCAAGACUAGAAUCUUACUGCUUUUAUUUUAAAGAAAGAUGUCCAGAUGUCAAAGAAGCUUGUAUGAAUCUGUGGGCAGCGUGUUAUAAGAGAGGGCUUGAUGCACGGGCAAAUAAAGUACUGCAAGAAAAUAUGCGUGGGUUAUUACGUGGUUCAAAUCAAAGUUGGCUUAAGGAGUUUCAACAAAGAUUAGUAAAAGUAUGCAAGGAACUAAAAGAAAAUAAAGGAAGUUUCCCAAAUGAUGAAAUAUUUGUUCUGUGUGUACAGCCAGCAAAAGCUGCACGAUUACUUACACACGAUCAUCAAAUGAGGGUUAUCUUUUUACGACAACAACUGGAUCAAAAGCGAGAUUUUCCGACAGAUAAAGACUGUAAGGAAUUGGGGAGAAAGUGCCAAGAUUUAGGAAAAGAUUCAAAAGAAAUUACGUGGCCAUGUCAUACACUGGAGCAGCAAUGCAAUCGCUUGGGGGCUACAGAAAUUUUGAAGCAGGUUUUAUUGGAUGAACACAAGGAUACUUUGAAAGAUGAAGAAAGUUGUGUAGAAUAUCUAAAAGAAAAGUGUAAUAAAUGGUCUAGAAGAGGCGAUGACCGUUUCUCUUUUAUAUGUGUCUUCCAAAACGCUACAUGUAAAUCGAUGGUAGAUGAUGUACAAGAUAGGUGCAAAGUAUUCAAAAAAAAUAUAGAGGCUUCAGAAAUCAUCAAAUUUCUUAAAAUUAAUAAAAAUGAAAUAAAAAUACUGGAAAGAAAUUGUUCUUCCUGGUAUCCGUACUGCAAUAGAUUUUCACCUAAUUGUCCAGAUCUUGCGAAAGAAAAUGUUUUUUGUACAAAGAUCAAGAAGCAUUGUGAGCCAUUUUACAGAAGAAAGGCCUUGGAAGACGCUCUUAAAAUAGAGCUUCAAGGGAAUUUAAGUGAUAAAUCUAAAUGUGAACCUGCAUUAGAAAGAUAUUGCACUGUAUUAGAAAAUGUAACUAACACCUCAAUUAGAGGAUUAUGCAAAGAUAGUACUAAUGAUAAGCCUAAAAAGAAUGACAAUAAAGUUAGAAAAGAGCUCUGUGAGAAAUUAGUAAAAGAGGUGGAACAACAAUGCAAAGUAUUACAAGAGAAACUGAAACAGCCGGCAAAAGACUUAAAAGAAGAUUCUAAGACAUAUGAGGAACUUAAGAAACAAGCAGAGGAAGCAAUGAACAAGUCCAGUCUUGUUUUAUCAUUCGUUAAAAAAGAUGAAAAUAAUGUACCAAAAAAUAAUAGUGAAAACAAUAACAAAAAUAAAACCGCAUCAAGCAAACAUCAAGAUACCACAGAAUAUGCGAAAAUACUACGGAGAGGAGUUAAGGAUGUAACAGUGACAGAAUUGGAAGCCAAAGCAUUUGAUCUAGCAGCAGAAGUAUUUGGAAGAUAUGUAGACUUGAAAGAAAGAUGUGAGAAAUUAACCUCGGAUUGUGGGAUUAAGAAAGACUGCAAAGAAUUAGAAAAAGUAUGUGGAAAGAUUGAGAAGACAUGUCUCGAUCUAAAGCCUCUGGAAGUGAAGCCACAUGAAACAACAACUAGAAACAUAACAACUACAACCACAACGACAACAACAACAACCGUUAAAGACGCAAAGGCAACAGACUGCCAGUCUCUGCAGACAACAGAUACGUGGGUCACAAAGACGUCUACGCAUACCAGCACUUCUACGACUACGUCCACAGUCACAUCGAGAAUAACACUCACCUCGACAAGACGGUGUAAGCCUACGAAGUG